AUGGCGAUGUCGUUGCUGGAUGCGCCUUCACCAGCUUCAGAUCCGAUAGGAGUGGACGUAACGCCACCCUGUCUUGCGGGAUACCGUGUCUACAAGGACCACAGGAGUAAGAACAGGUUCUAUCGUGACUUCCGCCGCCGUAAGCGCGACCUGACGGUGGUGGAGUCUCGUUUUGGCGAUGUGCUGAGAAAGGAUGGGAAGAGGCAGUCGAAGUCACCGCAGCGACUCCUGGAUGCGUUCUUCAACCAGCUGGGAUGCAUCCGCCCGCAGUUGGUGGAGUAUCUGCGGCGCAACCCCGGUUUGCUCGUGGAGCGCCUGCAACGUUACUUCGGCGUAUCUGUGCAUUUAACGGCUCCGGAUAACGAUGUGGUGGCUAGCUCGGCUUUUCCGGACCCGCGCAGCGCAGAAGCUGCGGCGGCGGCCCCGGACACCGCAGCAGGGGAAGCCCCUUGCGAAGGGGCGUCGGUUCCGUGCCCGGAAUCGGAUAUUGGCAAAGAGCUGUUGACUUCUGUGUUGGAGACUUUAUCGCAAAAGUACGAAAUAAUUUCGUCGUUGGAAUCUCAGGUGUAUGAGCUGUCUCGGGAAAACACCGAGCUGUCGCUGAAGCUCUCCGACGCCUAUUCGGAGCUGCUCCAACUCGAGCUGGACAGAUCCGGUUCCGAGCAGCGCUAUUUGGACGCCCUUACCAGUCUGACUGAGAGCGUGUACAUAUCCGCCACCCAGUGCUCAAACCUGCAGAACCUGGUCAUAAAACGUGGCAAGCAGUUGACCGCUCAGGCACAUUCCCUGUUCCUGGCUGAGAACGCUUUGGCACAACAGUGUCUGUUGAACAACGUGCCGUGCCCCGUGUUGAGCAAGGCUUGUUCGCGUUUCGCAUACGACGCGUCAUCUUUGGAAAAUUCGGGCUCCACGGCCCCGAACAUUGCACGCUUUACACUUAACGACGCCGAUUGUGCAACAAGCGCUUACGAUUCCGAUCUGCAGGGCUCUUUAUACGACGAGGGUCCAACUUCCGCUGGUGUGCCGUCUGGAGAGAAAGGCCUGCUCUCGGCCACUUCGUUCUACGAGUCUGGCGGCGACUCGGCUCGUUCACGCCAAGAUCAACAACCGUCUAACGAGGGCGAGCUCAUCAUUGCAGAAUUUGACGGGAAUAAAGCUGUGAGUGUGUGUCACUUCCCCGAUGCACCCUCAGCCCUGCCGGUACAAACUGCAUCUCCAGAGUCUGGCGCUGCCACGAACGAUGCGCCCGUCGUUGAAGGUGAUCUCGUGCGCGAAUCCCACGUUGAGAAGCUGUUGCUAGACGUGUCUACCAACCCUCCGCGCGAAGGUGUAGAGCAGGCUUCCUCUCAGGUGCUCCCUCCGGUGUUAGGUUCGCCCGCGUUAGACUCCGUGGCUGCUACUGCUGUUAUGCCUUCCGAGCCCGCCAAUGCCACGUUGCCUUCGCCUGCUGCAGCCCCCGUUUCCGGUUAUUCUGGCGACCACGUGCGCGACGACGCCAAGGUGCGGGAGUUGAUUGCCGAGAUCUCCGUGAUCCAGAAGAAGUCGCAGUCGUACGUGCGGCACAUACGCGCGCUGAAGCGCGAGAACGAGCGCCUGAGAAGCCGUGCACGGCUGCCUGAGGAUUUGCGGGCUGAGGUGUCGACCGGCAGUGCUGGUCCCUUCGAUUACCGGAUGUCUGGCGAUGUAGCGUCGAUCGGUUCGGCCUUUUACGCCGCAGCGGGUGCAGGUCCCUCGCGCGUCUCUCCUGAGGAGGACACUAAGGUGAAGGAGCUGAAGGCUGAGAUAUCCAUCCUGCAGAAGCAGAUCCAGCGUUCUCAGGAGGCCAGCGAGGACCGUCAGCGCCUGCAGGACCAGCUGGCCGCCGAGGAGCGCCGCAACCGCGAGCUGUAUUCAGAGCUGUCAGUGGCUCGACGCAAAUUGGUGACGUACCACAAUGAGCUCGAGCAGCUGCUGCGGUCAUAUGGCGGCGGUGCGCAGGCCGCGGCUGAUGCCAACCAGUCAAGCACGGUAGUUUCGCAGGACUACGACCGCUCAUCCAAGCUGGGCGCGACAGUGUCGGAGCUGAAAACGGUGCUGAUGACACUGAACGGCCGAGUGCAAUCGUACGAAUCUGACAACGACGCGCUGCGCUCCGAGCUGGAUCACCUGCGUAGCAAGCUCUCGGCUGUGCACGAUGAGUUGGGCCACCUUCGCAGCCAAAACCAGGCGCUGUUCGCCGACACUCGUGAGGCCGGGUGCCUGGCGUUCGACCGGCUGCUCCACUGCCUGACAGACGCCCUGGGCGGCAUGACCCGCACGUCGCUCGAGGAGUUGGAGGCCGCGCCCUCUGAGCAAGGCACGACCACGUUGUCUCAGCUUGGCACUGACGACCUGACUGCCGAGCGCAUCACAGUCCUGGAGUUCGAAAACAAGUUGUUCAGUGACAAGCUGUCAUCGCUGUUGGAUAUCGUCCACCAGAGCUCGCUGGAGCGCUUCCAAAUGCACACCACCAUAGCGCGCCUGAACAGCGACCUGCACAGCUCGCACCAGCAGCUGCUGAAGUUCUCCAACCAGUCGUCGGUUUUGCUGGACACCUCCAACGAGCUGGCCGCGCUGCGCGCCAGGUGCGCGACGUAUGACGACCAAGUCAACCGGCUGAAGCAAAUGAACACCGACCUCAGCGACCUGAACAACCGUCUGGGGGACGACUUGCGUAACCUGGAGGAGAAGAGCGCAUGCGCCAGCAACGAGGUGUCCGCGCUGCGCGAGGAGGUCCGGCAGCUGCAGUCGUUGCUGGUCGGCGACACGCAGGCUGCGCAUGACGCCAUACGCGACCGCGUGUCAAUCAUUCGGUUGGAGGGCAGGUGCAAAUUCCUGGACGAGUCCGUGAGCAACGGCCGCGUGGAGCUGGAGUCGCUGCGCGGCAAGAACUCCGACCUUGUGAAAUCGGUGAUGGAGCUCCGGUACGCCCUUGAGCAGGAGCGCGCCUCCAACGCCGAAUACCUGAAGCAGGUCAAUGCAAUGUCAGAGGCUGAAGGCAGGCUCCGCAACCAGCUGGAUCGCCAGGAAACCCAGAUCGAAGGUCUGAGGGCAUCCGUGGCCUCCCUCACCGAGUCGCUGCAGCAGAACGCUGCCGAUAUGCGUGCCGCGUCGGAGCGUUUGCUCGAGAAGGAACGGUCUGAGAGCGCGUUGUCAUCGACCAUCGACUCUUUGGGCGCCUCGUUAAAUUCGUUGCUUUCCUCGGUGCGCGAUGCGAAGCCCAUCCCCUUGGCACCUGCCGACCUGGGUCCCAUCGACCUCUCGUCGAUCCCCAACUUCAACCUGACUGUAUACUACGGGGUGCUGGACACGAUCCAGAAGAGCGCAAUGGACAGCCACGACGUAACCGACAUUGGCGCCACCGCCAAGGUUGUGUCACUGGCGCGUGACAAGGUAUGCAACAUUUUGAAGUGCAACUACCUUUUGGGCGCGCUUGCGUCCGGGUUAUGCCGCCAGCUGCAGGAGUUCAGCGCCUCGCUGGUUGCGGCCGCUCGGUCGCAGGACUGCUCUGUGACGCCACUCGUGAAGUGCCUGGGUGAGAGCGUGAACCUGGAGCUUCUGAGGGCCGACUUCGCCAACCGCAUGAGCCGGGCGCAUGCGCACACCAAGGAGCUGAAGGCGAUCAUCCGCCACCUGUACAAGAACAACCCGGCCGACGUCAUCAACCGUCUGAAAGACCACUACGAGGACGCCCUGGGCAAAUGCCAGGUUAAGAUCGAGCAGCUGUCCAGCGUGAUAAAGUCCAAGGAGGAGGACCAGUUGAAGCUGAAGCAGGAGAAUUCCAAGCUGAUGUCCGACUGCUCCACCGCCGCCCAUGCUCUGAACGAGUUUGACAAGCGUUUGGAGUUGCAGGCGCAGGAGCGCUCAUCUCUGUGCGCCUUUGCGCUGUCCUUGCUACCGCCCGCCGCGCAGACCGACUGCGAACAGGACGACCUGCGUGGGAUUUUGGCAGCGCUAAGGAACGUCAUAUCGAAGCUGGCGUCAUAUCGCGAUAAGUACAAAAAGUUGCUCGAUAACCCGCCGGAGCCCAAGGUGGUCACCGUCACGGUGCCCGCGCCGGCCCCAGCACCUCAGCCGGAGCCCAAGGCUGCGCCGGCCCCUGGUGCCGCGGAACCCGCCGAGCAACGCGCUGCUAAAGCGCCUGGCCAUACCUCCGAUGAUGGCCGCGGUGCAGGCAACUACAUCCCCAGCAGCGUCGGUCACGGUCACGGUCACGGUCACGGCCCCGGCCACCCCAACCCUCUUCGCGACCACGCCGUCCGCCGUGCCGCACCCAGCGACGUCCCGCUGCGCCUGGAACGCGCGUUGAAGGACGUCGACGCCAAUGUGCGCUAUUAUGUGAAGAACAUAAAGUCGACGUUGCGCGACUAUGUGCGCAACCUCGCCGCCACCCAGGCUGAUGCGAGUGAAACGGACUACGAAAGCCCCCGUACGCGCUCAGUAGGCCGUUCCGACGUCACUGUGGGCAAUAUAGGCGACUUUUCGGACACUGAGUCCGAAUCGUCUGAGCUGCUUUUCUCCGACAAGCCCGCCGCCGAGGACAUCAUUCGCAGUCACGCUCGCCAAUUCGAGUCCAUCUGCGACUUGCUGGACCACGCCAGGGACGUGCAGUCGCAGGUGAUGGAGCGGCCGCCGCGGGUGGUGUAUGUGGACACGCCCAAGCCGGCGCCCGUCCGCCCGGCGCUGGCGUCCACCUCCGACAUGGCCGUGAUGCACCACUUCCACCACCUGUGCGCCGCCCUGAAGGAGUACGUCGCCGGCAGGCCGAUCGCGCUGAGCGUCGACGACGUGUUCUACCAGCUGGAGCUGGUGAUGCUGGACCAGGGCGACCGCGGGCGUCGCCGCGCCAAGUGGGACCACUGUGUGGGCAACAUGGUCUCCGUCGUUAUCGACGUGCUGCGCAGCAUAUCGCUUGAUCGCAAGGAGAGCGUCGACGGUCUGCGGCGCAGGUGCAGCGUGGCGUCGGCGGCGCUUGAGGAGGCCCAGGCCCUGUGCCGCCUGCGGGAGGAGGAGCUCCACCGCCGCACCACCGAGCUGAGCGAGGCAUGCAGCCGCCUCGAGUCCCUGGAGCGCCACUGCCGCAAGGUCGAGGUGGAGCUCGAAACGCUCUCUGCCGAGGUUCCUCGCGUCAACGAGCGCGAUGUGCGCGCGCUGGAGUCCUCGCUCGCCAACCGCGAGGAGGACGUCCGGCGCCUGUCUAAGGAGGUGUCGAAGCUCCACUCGGUCGUGUUCGACCUCGAGGAGGUGAACGAGCUGCUGUCGCAGCAGCUGUCGCGCGCCAAAACCGACUCCGAGCGCCUGGGCGCGACCGUGGACAAGCAGCAGCGCGAGAUCUCGAGCCUGAACAGCGAGCUGGCGCUCCUCGAGCGGCGCACGGGCCGUGGCGCGCGCUACGCCGUCUGGCAACCCGCAUUUAAUGUUAAUAUGUUCUUAGUCCGCACUAAUUUCGCGCCGUACGCGUGCCGCGUGGCUGCGCGGCGGCGGUUCCUCUCCUCUGGGUGCCCUUCCGGCGCGGCGGAGGCCGGGCACAGCGACUCCUGCGAGCUCGGCGAGCUGCGCAGCGCCUGCACAUCGGCGCCGGCCGCGGGAGCCGCCCUCUCUCUGGACGACCUGCGGCAGGUGACGUCGCGGUUCCGGCGGCUGCACCGCAAGGGCGUGGUGGACGCCGAGCUGUGCGAGAAGUACUCCGCGCUGCUCAUGAGCUACGCCGACAACGCCGCCGGAGCGGCCGCCCUGUCGCUCGACGAGUGCUUCGAGCUGUUUGUGAGCCAGUGCGAGACAAACUCCUCGAGGCAGAUAUCGCUGCUCGCCUCGCGGCUGCUAGAUGUGAUCAAGGCCAACGACGCGGGUUCUUCGCUGCCUGUGGCGCUGAAGGCGCUCGUUCGCCUCCAGCGCGCCAAGAUAUCGUACCCCGAGCUGCUGGACUACGUGUCCGGGCACGUGUCGGCGCUGAGCCCGCCGCAGCUCGCCGACUUCGCGUGGGCGUGCUACUCCGGCGGGCUGCGGUCCAAGCACCACCUGGACGUGGCGUACGGCGAGUGCCUGCGCCGUUUGUCGGAGUUCGACCUGGCGGAGCUGCUGCGCGUGCUGCGGAGCUUCAGCUACUUCUCGUACGAGUACCGGGCCGUGUUCGAGCAGAGCCAGCCCGCGUUGCGCGGCGAGCUCGGCAAGCUGUCGCAGGAGGACCUGCUGAUGCUGCUGAACGUCUGCAAGACGCUGCAUCGCGAGGGCGAUUUCGUGGAGCUGCGCGACGGCAUCCUCGGGCACCUCAUGGACGACCUGGGGCAGUAUCCCACUCGUUUCCUGCUGCAAUGCCUGGCCCACCUGACUCGCGGCAGGCGCACCCAGGUCGGCGGGCGCUUCGUGUCGCACGUGCUGCGCAACGAGGCCGAGUGCGCGAGGGAGUACGCCCGCAUGACGGUGCCGGCGCUGGUGUCGGUGAUGCAGUGCCUCGAGCUGUGGCGCACUCGCAUGUCGCACUUGACGGUCAUUCUGCGCCUGUUGGGCGAGCGUGUCCGGGAGCUCGCCUUCUCGCGGAACCUCGGCUUGUGGGCCGAGGUCUACAACGUCGUGUACAGCACCGGGUGGUUCAGCCCCGAGUUCAUGCGGGCCGGCGUCGAGCACAUUAUCGCGGAGCCCCAGAUUCUGCACCGCGUGUCAUGCCACCAGGUGGUCAGGGUGCUGCAGACCUUCUACAAGCUCCGCUACUACCACCGCGGCUCCUACGAGCGUAUGUUGGGCGUGUUUCUGGAGGACUUCGACGGCGUGAGCGGCCGCCUCAACGUGGUGUGCGAGGCGCUGCUGGCCGCCGCUGACGCCAACAUCGAGAUGCCCCAGCUGUACGAGCGGUGCCUUGCGCACCUCUCCAGCGCGUUAUCGGAGCUGUCGCUGACCGACUGCGAGGACCCGCUGUCGGUGAUGGAACAGAGCCACCUGUGGCCGCGCAACGUGGUCACCAGCGCCUGGUCGUUCUGCGUGAUGGGCUACAACAGCGACCCCCGGUUCAAGGUGCUGCUUGAUUUGCUGGGCCUGCCCUGCGUGUAUGAGUACCCCCACCAGUCCAGCGUGGUCCUCAUGGCCCUGGAGGCGGCGGAGUCCACGUUGGUGUCGGGUAACUGGGCGGGCGAGUGCGAGGCGCUGCUGGAGACGUACGGCGACCGUAUGCGGGAUCUGGAGCGCACCGACCCCGCGUCAACGCUGCACGACGUCGACCCCGAGGACAGCAUGCGCGACCACGUGGACGCCCGCAUGACGUUCGCGCAAUGCCAGGACGCGCACUUCCACAAGGGCCGAAUGCGGGCAACAAAGCACAUCUCAGAUAUACUGUACCACCUCGGCCGCCGGGACGUGCUGGUGCGCGUCGCCCCGCACUACAACUCCCCCUACCUGAUCGACGUCUGCCUCUCCAACGAGAGCAAGAAGGGCAUGGUGCUGUUCAGCGGCCGCGAGCUGAUGCGCGACCACGUCGAGGGGAAGUGGAGCGUGGUGGAGACCGGUUCGACGCGCCUGAAGCGUUCGAUCCUGGCCAGCACUGGCUGGCAGGUGUUCGAGAUCAGCUGCGGCGAAUGGGCCCAGCUGCAAACGUCUGUGGAGCGGAAGCAGUUCGUGCGCGCCGCUUUGAGCGCCUUGGACAUCGAAUGCUAA